UUCGAUUCCUGUUGAACUAUAUUGACUAACGUAACUCUCCCAAAAACCUAUUGACAGUUCAGUUAUCCGUGUUUCAGGCAUGUGGUUAUAGUUGUACAGUGUAUAUUUAUUUUUGUAGAAGUGUUUUUUUUUUUUUUUUUCUUUUUCCUUCCUGAUUUGCACUUGGAUCGGUUGAGCGAUGGAAGCACGUCGCCUCGAGCGCCAGCGCCGGGACUCGGCGAAGAGCACCGCCGCCGAGAAGCUGCCGUCGACACAGGACGAGGAGUUCCACUUGCGGCUCAUCGAUCUAUACAGCAAGUAUCCGUGCCUGUGGAAAACAACGAUCAGUGACUACGAGAAUGCGGCCCUGAAGCGUCAGGCCUGGCAGGAAAUCAGCAACCAGCUGGGCGCCCACCUCUCGCCCUCGCUCGUGCGCAGCCGGAUCAGCAGCAUGCGCUAUCGGCUGAACCUCUACAAGCUGCAGAUGAUCGAGUACAAGAUGAGUCCGGCCAGCGGCAAGAAGCCGGAGAAGCUCUACUAUAUCGAUAGAUUUGCCUUCCUCGACGAGCCGAGCGGCUCGCAGCCGCUGAACGAGAACGCGCAGUCAGAGGUCGACCUGGGGCAGGACAAGAAGAAGCUGAAGAGCCAAAAGUCCAGCAUUGCCAACAUAUUCAAGCAGCGCAUGCAGCAGGAGCAGGAGCAGCCGGUGCAGCUGCCGACCGUGCUGCAGCGGCUCAGCCAGAGCGAUCGAUCCAGUGGCGGUGUCAAGGAGCAGCCGGAGAGCACCCUCGACGACUAUUCGGACUUCAGCAUUGCCAGUAUUGUGAGGCACCCAGGGCCGCAUCAGUCCUUACUCGCGAAGAACCGUAGACGGGUCAGCCAGGACAUACGCUUGAGUGAGCUGCGCAAGCAGGUGGUUGGCGAUCAGCUGGUCGGCGCGACGGCCAAGCCGGCUGCAUUGAGCCCACCUCCACAUUCGGACAUUGACAAUAUGCUCAAGAAGCGUAUGCAUCGCUUGGGCAUGGCCGAGAUGGGCAAAGAGUCGCCCGCGGACAGCCUGGACAGCUUCACCGACUAUCGCAGCUCCCUGAUCAAUAUACCCAGCGUGGUGAAGAAGCGGAUGCGUCAACAGCUCCAGAUCGGCAUGAUGCGCGCCUGGGACGACGACAGGAGCAACACCAAUAAGCCGGACUCCCAAAUGAGCCUACCCCAGACCUCGGUGCCCCUGCGCGCCCUGCCCGGCGACUCGGUGUCGAAGACCAAAGUCAGCAAACACCAGCGCACGCCGAGGCCAGUGGCUAGCUCCGCCGAGCAGCUGUCCGACGAGGAGGACUUCUACCGGCUGCAUUGGUCGCUGCGCCAGCAGCAGCGCUCCCGUCGCUCCGGCGGCAAAUCAUCACUCAAUCGCGACCAACUGCCGCAGCCGGUGCCGCCCCUACUGCUCGGCAGCUGCACCACCUCCAGCAGCAACAUGGAGAGCGUGCACGAACACCUGCUAUAGACAUGCAAUCAAUCAGUGCUGCCCACUAUGGGGACACACUGUGGUCCAUUGCAGCCACACCAUGCUCACCAUUGAUUUUAAAUUUUGUAACUAUGAUUACCAGUACCAAUCGUUCCAGUAACAUUAGCUGAUAUUCCCAACACGUUCCCACAUACAACAGUUCGAUUUUAACACCACAACAUAUCCGUUCGGCGAAGCAACUCAACUGAAUACAUAGGAAUCUCUAAGCGCGGACCAAUUUUCGUAUACAUGUUUACAUAGAGGUUGAAUGCAAAAAACCUGGAUCAAAUUAAAUUAACUUUCGAUGAGAAAUUCACUAUAAAU